AUGGCGUCGCUGAACGCUGCAACGAUGAGUCUUCAGGAUCCUUGGCAGAGCACACUGGUGCAAUUGGGACUCGCGCAUGGAAGUUCAAGUGACAAGGAGACUGUGUUCCUCAACAAUCUCAGGGCACUUGGGUUUACAUUGCGGACGAAGGUCCAAAUGAGAGAGGUCCAGUUCCCUGCAGGGGUUGGCUUGUGCCAGCAGCCUGUGAUUCCGGUGAAAGAGUUGGCUGAGGAGAUCCUGCAGGAUUUCCCUGCAAUCUUACUCUUCGGGCAUGGGUAUGACCAGCUGGACAAAGUGCAAACUACUUUCUCUACUUUCUGGGAGCGCUUCAGGCACACAUGGCCCCAGCAUCCGGUGUUUGAGGUGCAUCACAAUGACCUACACCGCUGUAUCCCCUGCCGUGUCCAUUGCGAUGAGGGAACAUCAUUCCGCAAAGCUGGCAUCUUCCAGCACUCCUGGGGCCCAGUCAUCAAAAGUGGCCCUGCCAGCUGGCUGCACUGUUUCUUUUACACCUGCCUCCUGGCUCAGCACUACAAGGAUGAUAAUCUGGGCUUUGCAGCUGGCAACAGAACACUUGAUGGCCUUCUUGGCCAUUUUGUGGAUGAGGCAAACGAUUGCUUCAUCAAUGGGCUGCAGAGCCCCCAAGGCAAAUUCUUUCUGGUAUUUGUGCGGCUUGAGGGUGAUUUGCCGGCGCAGGGAAAGCUAAUGCAUUCAGCGCGGAAUUUCACCAACGAGCCAAACCCAAUGUGUCCCUGGUGCUUGGCUGAUGAUCGAAACAUUCCAUUCGCUGAUCAUCGUCGAGAUGCUGUAUGGCGGACAACAACAGGAUCACAGAAACCGUGGGGUUCGUGCAGCCCUCUCCAUCGACUUCCAGGUGGUGAUGAGGAAGAGUUCGUGGCAAAGGACUUGUUCCACAUUAGCCAGCUUGGGAUCACAAGAACCUUCGUUGCUUCUUGCAUAUGCUACUUGGUGGACAUCGGCCACUUUACGGCUGGACAUGCGCCAACUGUGGCUGUACCUGUGCGCCUGAAAGAAGCAUAUGAGUGUUUCAAAGACCACUGUCGCCUUGUGCAACGUGAAACGCCGGAUGUGAAGGCAUUUUCUCGGGAAAACCUGGGAUGGAAGAGCCGCAACACAAUGCCAGAGACUUCUUGGAAAGGGUCAGACAGCCGUCUGCUGGUGAAGUGGUUGGUUGACUACCUGCAGCAACCGUGGCUUCGUAAUGAGAUAAUGGAAUGCAUGCUGCUUGCGUUGAUAGCAAUGGAUGACUUUCACAGACUCUGCUACCAGCAGGCUGACAGAAUCUGGCUCACUGCCGCACAGGCGACGUCUGCACGACACUUUCUGUGGCAGUUUUUCCGCAGCUAUGUCAAAGCUGCGAGACUCUGUCAUGAGCAAGCGAAAUUGUUUUUCAACAUCACUCCUAAGUUUCAUUAUCUUUUGCAUAUCCACGAGGAUUUACAGAGAUGUGCUGGGUGCGAGUACGCGCUCAACCCGGCCAGCUUCGCUACUCAAAUGGACGAAGAUCAUGUUGGAGUGGUGUCCCAAAUGGGCCGUACUUGUCAUCCGCUAGCUGUGUCGAAGCGAACAGCCGAGAAGUGGCUGAUCCACAUUUGGCUGAAGUGGACAAAGUGA